AUGUCAUCUACGAGUGCUGAGUCAGAGCCGAUUAAGAAAGAUGUUUCUGAAAGUACAAAUGAAUCUGACAUAAUGGAGGUGAAACAGCCUGUUGAAAGCAUGAACUCAAAAGUUGACGAUGACAUUAACUUUUCAGAAAUGACAAUUCAUCAAGCUUGUCGACAAGGAGUUCUUCAUAUAGUAAAAGAUAUGAUCGAAAGCGGUUACGCUAAAGCAACUGACAGAGAUAGUAAUAAUGUGACUCCAUUACAUUUUGCGGCCAUUAGUAAUCAUGUGUCCGUUGCAAAAUAUUUGAUCGACAAUGGUGCUGAAAUAGAUGCUUUUGGUGGUGACUUGGUUGCUACUCCGUUACAUUGGGCAUCGAGGAAUGGUCAUUUGUCUUCUGUAACUCUUUUAAUUAAUCAUGGCGCCAAUCCAAGUCUCCGAGAUUCUCAAGGGUUUGAUUGUUUACAUCUUGCCGUACAUUCUUCUAAUCCUAUGCUGGUGUUAUACUUCAUAUUUUUGGAUGUGGCCGUUGAUACCCAAGACUCUUCACAACAUACACCCUUGAUGUGGGCUGCUUAUCAAUGUGAUGCAUUAACUGUAGAUAUACUAAUUCGAUUAGGAGCGUCUCUAUCCAAAGUUAAUAAUACGCAACUUACACCUCUACAUUUUGCUGCAAUGAAAUCUGAUAAAAUAUGUUUAAGAAAGCUAAUAGAAGCUGGUGCAAAUGUAAAUGCUAAGGAUGAUAAUGGGAAAACGCCCUUCGAUAUAGUCAAAGAAGUGAAGGCUACUGAUAAAUGGGGAAGAGCAAUGAAAGAAACUGGACUUAAAAAUGAUGGAAAAAGGAGUCCGUUCCUAUUUGAAAAGAAAAUUACCCUCAUUAUAUUAUAUGUGAUUCCGUUUUUAUUGCUUUAUAUUGCUCUUCAAACGUUAGCUCAUUAUCCUUGGUUUAUUGGAUUACCUUUGGUUAUUUUGGAAUAUAUAAUAUGUCACAUUAUAGUUACAAAAGUUUUUAUAAGAUCACAACUAACUAUCGAAUUUAUGAGAACACCUUAUCUAUCGAGUAUAUUUCAAGCAAGCGCUUUUUGGGUUGGCGUCACAUGGAUUUAUAAACUUUUAUUUGUACUGGGCGAUCCGGGCUAUAUUCCAAAACCACAAUCACGUGAAGAACAGAAACGGUUGGUAAUAGACCUUGCAAAUAAAGGGAUGCUGGAUGCAAGACAUUUAUGUACAACAUGCUUGUCAUUGUCCAUGGAUAUACAAUUGCAUUGGAAUAAAAAGUCACCGUAUUUUUAUGACUUUGUAAUAUCCGCACCUCCAUACGCGCCAAUUGCGUCCGAACCGUGUUUGUUGAGUGAUACCUACUGUGGAUUCUUCCAAUAUGAUGCAUGGACUGCUUCCUUAUGUGCCUGGAGUGCGUUACAACUUCCUUGGUUAAUAACAUUAUUAUGUUUCCAAGUUUACCAGAUUUCUUCGGCAAAAACUACAAAUGAGGUGAUGAACUUCCAUCGCUAUUCUUAUUUUACGAACAAAUCUCCUAACGUAGGAAGUAACGGAGUUGACGGUGUGAAUGAAACUAUUAAUAGUACGGAUGUCACUCAUCAACAGAGUGAAUGCGGAAGAAAAUGUAACCACCAUCAUAAACAUAAUCAUUUUUCAAGAAUUCGUAGAGUAUUUGAAAGACACGAUGAUAUCGUAAACCCAUUUGAUUUUGGAUGUUGGAAUAAUUGCGUGGGUUUUUGGUCGGAGGGAAAACGUGGAAAGUUACAAAAUGUGGAUUGGUAUGAAAUUUUUGAUACUUCUUUUAUUGAACCACAUGAUGAUGAUGUAAAAUCAAGAGCUGGAGGCUAUACUUCUUUAAAAAGAGAUGAGAUCGUAUAA